UCAUGCUCCGUCACGGAAAUUCGGAACGCCGCUUUGAAGUGAUUCUGAAGGUUAUGUUUGGUUUCUCGAGCAAGAAAUUGUGCUGUUGUGAAGCGAAUACAUCAAAGCUGGAAAUUAUUUUUUGCAAUAAAAGGAACAAUAAUUUAUGUCGAUACGAUUGUAGAAGUCGUCAUGGCGAUGUUUGAAGUGUUGCGGAAAGACUACAGUAAUUACCUGCAACAAUAUUUCAAGCUGUCAGACGUAGUGUCCUUUCAAAAGAAGUGCAUCGAACGCUGCACGAACGAUGGUGAUAGAAAAGCGGCGAUCGAUCAAGCGCUCCGGGACACUUUAUUGGUGGUGUUGACGGAGAACGCUUCUGGCAAUGUGCAUUCCCUGGAAUCGUACAUCACAUUCUGCAUAGACUUAUGCAGAAAGGAUCUGGCGACGGCGAGCAUGCCGGUGAUGUUGCUGGGUGAUAUCUUCGAUUCGAUGACUCUAGACAGAUGCGAGCAGUUGUUCACGUUUGUCGAGAACAACGUAGCAGUGUGGAAGGAAGAGUUGUUUUUUACCGCCUGCAAGAACAAUUUACUGAGAAUGUGCAAUGACCUGUUGAGAAAACUGUCUCGAUCGCAGCAGACUGUGUUUUGUGGAAGAAUUCUCUUGUUCCUUGCCAAGUUCUUCCCUUUCUCCGAAAGGUCAGGCUUAAAUAUCGUCAGCGAGUUCAAUGUGGAGAACUACACGGAGUUCGGCUCUGAGAAAGUGGAAGGUGACGAUCUGGAACAAAUAGCCAAAGAUGAGGACAAAUCGGAGAAUAAGAUACCGAUUGAUUAUAAUCUGUACAGAAAGUUUUGGGCUCUGCAAGACUUUUUUAGAAACCCGAAUCAGUGUUACAAUAAAAUGCAUUGGAAGGUUUUUUCAACCCAUGCAUCCAGUGUAUUGUCAGCAUUCACGUCCUUCAAAUUGGAGGAGCAACGUAGUUACCCUACAACGUGUAUCAAGAUGGACACCGCUGUGGAAGGCUCGCACAAGGAAACUCACUAUUUCGCGAAAUACCUGACUAAUCAGAAGUUGCUGGAACUGCAGCUGUCCGAUUCCAACUUCAGACGUUACGUAUUGCUGCAGUUUCUGAUUCUCUUCCAGUAUCUGAAUAGCACUGUGAAAUUCAAAGCCUUCCUUGCCAGUGGCUAUGAGACAAGUGAGACGCACGAGCUCAAACCGGAUCAAGUGGAGUGGGUGAAGAGCACUACGGAGCAAGUUUACACUCUACUGACCGAGACGCCACCCGACGGCUCGACGUUCGCGGAGACCGUAAAGAACAUUUUGAAACGCGAGGAGCAUUGGAACGCGUGGAAGAACGAGGGUUGCCCGCCCUUCAAGAGACCGGCAUCGGAUGCCCAUGGUGACGAGGAACCGCGGAAACCGAAGAGAUUGAGACGGAGAAUCGGUGAUGUAAUCAAGGACGCGCAGGCGGCUAACAGAUAUUACGUGGGAAACCCGGAACUCACUAAACUGUGGAAUCUGUGUCCCAACAAUCUCGAAGCUUGCAAAUCUAAGGACAGAGAUUUCCUGCCAUCCUUAGAAACGUACUUCGAGGACGCCAUAAUGGAAUUGGAUCCGGCCGCGAUGGUCGAUGACAAGUACAAAAAAGUAAAUGACGGCAACUUCGGUUGGAGAGCGUUAAGACUAUUAGCGAGACGAAGCCCGCACUUCUUCGUCCAUGGUAAUUAUCCCAUAAACAAAUUGCCUGAGUACCUCGAGACGAUGAUUAAGAAGAUUGCCAAAGAUCGUCCAACACAGUCCGAUGUGAAAAUGGAAAACGAGGAAACACCACCGUCGGAGUCUAAUGAUCAGGAAUUUAACGAGGACGUCCUGAAGCAGGAGAGCGAACAAGUAGACUCAGAGGGCACUGAUAUAAAAACCAGAAAAUUCAAUAAAGUCACGUCAGAAAUGGUGGCAAAAUUAUCAGAAAGCCUGUCGAAUGAUUGGAAAAAAUUAGCGACGAAACUUGGUUACACCACGGACGAAAUUGCCUUUUUCCAAAGCAAAUCUACACCGUUCGAGCAAUGUAAAAGUAUGCUCGAGAUAUGGGCAGAAGAGGACGAAGAUGCAUCGGUGGAGAAUUUAGCUUAUAUAUUGGAGGGUUUAAAAUAUACAGAAGCAUUAACGGUGCUUAAAUCUUAAAUAUUAAUUUAGCAUUGUUUAUUCGAGAAA